CAUCUUCACAAUCAUGGUGCCCGCACAUAUCGCUCUUGCUACUUCUGUGCCACCAGCACGUCCGCCGGCUACCUUCUUAGAUAUCCACAAAACUAAUUUGCAGCCGGAUGAGUCUACAAUACAAACUGUAGACGCACUAGUUCGACAUCGUGCGCGUCAAAGUCCUAACAUCACUAUCGUCUCAUAUCCAAAGUCGGGGACAAAUUUUGUCGAUUACUCGAUGCAACAAUUAGACGUUUUUGCCUUUAGGGUAGCCCGUCAUUACCAGGCACUCAUUCCGACAAGGGAAAGCUCAUCAGAAAAGCCUACAACAGUAGCGCUGCUUGGUCCAAGCAACUUUGAGUACUUGGUCACGAUGCUGGCUCUAGCCAAGCUUGGCCACACAGUGUUGUUCCUCUCAACAAGGAUAUCUCAAGCUGCCGUCGACUCAUUGCUAGCAACAACUGGCGCCAGAUAUCUAUUAGCGGACUCGCGAUAUGCUUCCACGGCCUCUGAAGCUCAAAAGAGCCUUCCUGACUUGUACAUCAGUCGGAUCGUCACGUCAGAUAUCUUCGAGUUUCCCAUUGAAGUUCAUGCGGAUACUCGCUUGGAUUAUCAACUCGAUCAUAGCAUCGAAGCUUCAAAUAACAUUUUCAUCAUCCACUCGAGCGGCUCUACUGGACUACCCAAGCCCAUCUAUCAGCCUCAGAAAAGCACAAUCGCAAACUACGCCAUCAGCAUGAACAUGAAAGCGUUCAUCACCUUACCACUGUACCACAAUCACGGUAUCUGUAAUUUCUUCCGUGCAGUGCAUAGCGGCAAAUCCAUCCACAUCUACAAUGCCGACCUACCUCUUACACAGCCACACCUUGUAACUAUCUUGAAGCAGCAUGAUUUUGAGAUCUUUUACGGUGUUCCCUAUGCUCUCAAACUUCUCUCAGAAACUGAUGAAGGCAUCCAUCUUUUGAAACAACUCAAGAUUGUGAUAACAGAAGUGGGUCAACUAAUGACAUCUUUCCGGCCCCAAGGAGAUAUGGCAUGGAAUUAUGUUCGCGAAACACCAAGGCUCUCUCCUUUUCUUCGAUGGGUCACUCGCGGAACCAAUCUGUAUGAAUGCACAGUCUUGCCAGGGUGGGCAGCAAAGGUAGCUUCCAACCUUCCCGAUGGUAGCUACGCCACGAAGGAUCUCUUUGAACCGCAUCCAACUAUUGAGAAAGCUUGGAAGUACAUUGCUCGCCUCGAUGACACCAUUGCAUUGCUGAAUGGAGAGAAGUUCAACCCAGUCAUGAUGGAAGGCACCAUUCGAUCGCAUCGAGCUGUCAAAGAAACUAUCAUCUUUGGUUUCAACCGACCCUGCCUAGGCAUGUUGAUUGCGCCUGCAAUUGAAGACAUGUGCGAGUCUGAAGUUAUUGAUGAGAUAUGGCCUAUUGUCGAAGCAGCAAAUCAAACUGCAGAAGCAUACGCAAGGAUAUCUAAGGACAUGAUUCGGGUCUUGCCGUACGAUUGCCCUUAUCCCCGUACAGACAAGGGAAGCGUUAUUCGACAGGCCUUUUACAAGGAGUUCGCAACCGAAAUUGAGAAUGCAUACGAUGCCGCUGCAACAAGCCAGGGUAAUCUCAAAACUCUCACUGGCUCAGAGCUGGAGGACCACCUUCGCUCUAUCCUGAUCAAGCACACGCCGUCUGCAAAAGAUAUAGGCCGUACAGCCGACCUUUUCUCUCUAGGAAUCGACUCUCUCCAAUCCAUCCAGGUGCGGACAGAGAUUCUGAAGACUGUCCAUAUUGGCGGCAACAAACUUGGUCAGAACGUUGUUUUCGACUACCCGACAAUUGCAUCACUCAGCGCUCAUCUUCACCGCCUUCGUACCGGCGAAGGAGAGCAGCAGUCAACACUAGCUGAGCAAAUGGGAGAUCUUGUUUCCCGAUACAGCUCUUUUGAGUCAGUUCAAAAGAGACGUUUCAUCACGCUUACUGGUGCCACAGGCUCUCUUGGAGCCCAUGUCCUCGGAGAAUUAGUCAGGCGUCCCGACGUUGACGCAGUGCACUGCUUGGUACGCGCCAAGACCAACGGCGAUGCUAUGCAACGUGUUCGAAAGUCACUCAUAGACCGAAAAGUCUACCAUACGCUAUCGCUUUCAGCGCGCAGAAAGAUACAUGCACUAGCAGCAGAUCUUUCAGAUGGUCGCCUCGGCCUAGAUGACGCAGCCUACACAGCAAUUGCUUCGAAUCUUACUGGCAUUAUUCAUUGUGCCUGGAGCGUCAACUUCAACAAGAAUCUUAUUUCUUUUGAAAAAGACUGUAUCGCUGGUGUGCGCCAUCUCAUUGAUCUCUGUGUGGCUACAUCCUCGGCGGCGCCUGCAACUUUUGACUUUUGCUCGUCGGUCAGCACAGUCGCGCGGUGCCCUAGUUUGCACACGCCCGAACGAGUAGCGGAAUAUGAUUGGGCUCAGAGUAUGGGAUACGCACAGAGCAAGUGUGUUGCAGAGCACAUUUGCAUGGCUGCUGCAGAAAAGACAGGCAUCAAGGCUCGAGUGCUGCGUGUUGGUCAGAUCGUGGCUGACACAGUGCAUGGGGUAUGGAAUGCUACCGAGGCCAUUCCUCUCAUGAUGCAAUCUGCGCUCACCGUUGGAGCACUUCCCAGGCUACAAGAGUCGCCAAGUUGGACGCCCGUCGAUGUGGUUGCAAAAGCAGUGACGGAAAUUUCAUUCAGCAAUGCCGGUUCUGUGGUUGCGAACGUCACAAAUGCAAAGACUUUUUCUUGGGCUGAUCAGCUUCUCCCUGCUUUACGCGAGGCUGGCCUUAACUUUGAGGAGGUCGAGCCCAAGGAGUGGGUGCGGAGGCUUCGAGCAUCGAAUCAGGAUCCAGUGGCCAACCCAUCUGUCAAGCUGGCUGAUUUCUUCGCAUCAAAGUAUGACAAGGACACUUUCAACCCUACACGGACAUAUGAAACGGCCGUUGCGCGCUCAUACUCACCAUCACUAGAUGCUGCUCCCGUGCUCAGCACAGAGUUUGUCAAGACCUUCAUUAAGCAAUUCCAAGCCACAGCAUGGAGCGCACAGACUUCCGAUGUCACAGAAAAAAAGAAGUUUGUUGUAUUCACUGGACCUUGCGGAAGCGGUAAAUCGACUAUAGCGAAAAAUCUUGCUGGCCACUUCAAGGCUUCGUUCAUCGAGGGUGAUGAUCUGCAUACAGUAGACGCAGUCACCGCAAUGGCCGCAGGGACACCCCUCGAUGACCAAAUUCGGACACUCUGGCUCGAACGUCUCAAGCAACGGGCUCUCUAUACCAGCACUACAUUAGGCUAUGAUUGCAUCUUUCUUUCUUGCUCUGCUCUGAAGAAGUCUUACCGCAAUCAGCUUCGCAGCUUCCCUAACGACGAUUUUGAUGUCACGUUUGUUGAUCUACAAGUGGAGCAGGAGGAACUUGUACGUCGGGUCAAGGAGAGAAAGAACCAUUACAUGAAGCAUAGUAUGGUGGAGAACCAGACUGCUACCCGGGAAAGACCCGAUGACUCAGAGACAGACGUAUUUCCGGUUGAUGCUGGGCAGCCUGUCGAAAUGGUUAUGGAAGAAGUGGCAAGCCUUUUGGACGCAAUUGAUUAGAUAGAUGGAAUUACUAAUCUAUAGAUUUAGAUCAACUGAUCAAUAAGACUAUACCAUAUUGUUCGC